AUGUCUAACGUAAAGACAGAAGAUGAGAUAACCCUCUUUGAAAGAGAAAUAAAAGAGUUUUGGACGAAAUUCAAAAGUAUUUACGGCAGUGAACAGAUCAAUCAGACUUUAGCACUGAGAGAUUCAUGCAAGGAAUCCAUAAAAGCACUUUCUGAGAAAUGGUCCAAGAAAUUAAAAGAAGAGGACCUGAUGAUUGAUAAAAUUCAGGAGUUUAACAAUGAGAUUCUCCAGCAGAGCAAACACAUAUCAGAAAAUCAGGAACAUUUGACAGAAAUAAAAUCUAACCUAAAUCAUGAAGAGGAGCAAAAGAAGGACUUGACUGAUAGUAUCCAAGAGCUUAAAGAAGAGUUGAUGAAAAAGAAGGAAAUAAUCGCUUCUAAAAAUAAGGCCGCUAAAGAGAGAGUGGAAAGACUAUGCAAGUCUAAAGCACUGUUUGAAGAGCGUCUUGGACUGGAAAUACGCAGAAUUCAUAAUGAACAGUUGCAGUUUAUAUUCAGGCAUAUUGACCACAAAGAUCCUGAGAAGCCAUAUGUGUUCACCCUUUCGAUAAAUGAACAGGGAGAUUAUGAAGUGACUUCCUGUUCUCCUCCCCUGGACUGUAUAGCAGAGUUCCAGCUAAAAGUGAGAGAAACUAACAAUUUUUCUGCAUUUAUUGCCAACAUCAGAAAAGCUUUCACUGCUUUGUCUUAUAAAUAGUCUGUAUAAGAUUAGCUUAUACUUCUGUU